AUGAAGAUCAACGUUGCCACUGUUUUCCGCGCCCUCUUCUUCGUCCUUCUUUCCGUUGUCCUUCAUGUGCAGGGUAAAGGCCGUUCCUUUGCUCUGGGCAAGGCCCGUGACCACGCCUCUGGCAAGUCUGGUGCCUACAAGGGACUCAGGUACACUUCCGGUCACCGCGGCAAGACCCAGUCCGCUGUCUGCGACGACAACUUCUACUGCCCUGGUGCGCCAACCUUGGCCAAGCUGGGUGCAGCCAUCCCCUUCUAA